AUGAAUGUUUUUAGAAAUCUUGGCGUUGGGAAAAAUUUGCUUGAACAGAAAGUCCUUUCUGAAUUCUUGUCUAUGUGUGAAAAUAUAGAUAAAGCUGUUGGAGAGUGCCCUAUUGGAGAAGAUAUGGAAAUUAUCUCUCAUUUGGAUCUCUGUGUAGGCUCUAUCAUCAAUUCUUUACUUUUUGGCUAUCAAUUUCAUGGGGAAAAGACAGAAGAAUUUGUUGAAUUGAAGAAAAUAUUGAACGAAUAUAUGUAUACAAUCGGCCAACCAUCAACACAAUUUUUAAUGUCUUGGUGGCCCCAUUUAAUCAGGCAUUUACCCUAUUUUAAAGAGAUAUUUCUUGAAGUACAACGAAAAAUAAUGAGGACUUAUGCUUUUUUCAAAAAGCAAAUAGAAGAACAUGAAAAUGAUGGAGAAUAUUUGGGUGAUGAACGUUUAGAUUUUGUUAGUGAUUUUAUGCGGGAAGUUAAAUUGAGGGACGGAAAAGAAGAUUAUGACAUGGAAACACUUUAUGCCCAUUUACUAGAUUUUUGGAUUGCUGGACAAGAAACAACAACAGACACUUUAAAUUGGGGAAUAAUUCAUAUACUUCAUAAUAUGAAUGUUCAGGAUAAAUUACAUAAAGAAUUGGAUUCAGUAAUUGGAAGUAAUAGACAAAUAACGUUGGCUGAUAAAAUUGAUUUGCCGUAUUCAAAUGCUGUUGUUAAUGAAAUAAUGCGUAUAGCCAACGUUCUUCCACAAAAUUUGGCACGACGUACAGUUCAAGAUGUAAAUGUUAGAGGCCAUUUAUUACGUAAAGGAACAUCUAUACAACCUUUAAUUUCGUGUGUUUUAUAUGAUGAAAAUAUUUUCCCAAAUUCUCGACAAUUUCUUCCCGAACGUUUUCUUAAUGAAAAUGGAACACUUAAACGUUUUGAUGAAUUCAUUCCUUUUUCGAUUGGAAAAAGAUUUUGUGCUGGAGAGUCUUUGGCAAGAACUGAACUUUUUCUUAUUUUUGUUAAUCUUUUUAAUCAAUACGAGAUUAGCCCUCCAAAAUAUUCAGAGAUGCCUUCCAAACAACAAAAUUUUGGACUAAGUGUAGUACCGUUACCAUAUAAAUGCCAAAUUAGAAAAAGACUUGAUUCUCAAAAAGAAUGA